AUGAUUAUCACCAGUCCUAAAAUCAAGGGCUUCUUUGGGGGUAAGCCCAAAUUGCAGAAUCAGUAUAAAAAGCUGACGAUAGGAGAUUUAAAACGUAGACUGGACUCAGAAAACAUAUUUUAUGGACCAUUAGCGGACAAGACCGAGCUGACAGAACUUCUACGUGUUAAUGAGAUCAAAUUGGAAGGCAUGUUGCCUAAACCUACUUCUACGGCUACCCCGAGUUCUACUACUACUUCUACGGCUACCCCGAGUUCUACUACUACUUCUACGGCUACCCCGAGUUCUACUACUGCUUCUACGGCUACCCCGAAUUCUACUACUGCUUCUACGGCUACCCCGAGUUCUACUACUGCUUCUACGGCUACCUCGAGUUCUUCUUCUACUACUACAAACACGUCGUCCCCACCGGGACCUAUAUCAAAUAUAAUAGGACAAAGACCAGAUGAGACACAGUCCUCCGACAAUCCUGGGCCCCAUGAAGGUCCCAAUAAAAUUACGCUUUAG